AUGUCCCUAGUAUUUGCUGCUGCAGGAUUAAUGACAAUACCAUUAAUAUUUUAUUAUGGAAGAGCACCAAUGUUAGGAGGACUUGCUGUGUUAGCCUCAAUCAUUCCACUUGUGUUUAUAAAUCAUGUAAGCGCAACAUAUGUCACUCGUCUAUGCCUUUAUCUACCAACGUUCAAGAAAAGCAAGUUAAAUAAUACAGAUGUUUUUGAUCCAUACAAAUUGGAUAAAUCAGGAAAUCCAUCUCUUUACUUUGAAACUUUGGGUUUUUUUGGUAAUAGAAUCAAAACUUUAAUAAAAUUGAACGAAUUAGUUGACGUCUCAAGAGAUUACAAAUUUCAAUAUAUUACUUGGAAAUUCAAUGGAUAG